AUGCUAUUAGACCAGCCGAUUGAUGAGGAAAACUCGUUUAUAUCCUGCGACUCGGAUGACGCGAUCAAAAACGCGGUCGCCCCCGCUAAACCCUCUUCAUGCGACAAAGAUAGCUUUAUGGAGCGACUUCCCCUCCAAUUGUAUAUUGUGCAUAAGUGCAUGACACUGGACGAAUUAAGUCGGAAGACAUCUACGAAUAGGCCUUCUCCGACUUAUUCUACGAGACCGAUAACGCCCGAACAGCAACUGCCCUCCGCGCCAAGUUUCUCAACCGAAAAUACUCGGAUCAUGGAGAUACCCACCGUACGUUCACCCAUAAAUACCAUGGGCCAGGAAUGUAUAGUAUCCGAAGGUCGUUGGGGCAAUGAUCUUAUUCCUCGCCAUAUAUACGGUGAUGGGCGCUGUGCCAACUGUAAUCGCGUCGGACACGACCUAUCUAUAUGCGUCGGACCCCCGGGACUUGACGGUACCAUACACGGCUGCCCCCACUGCAACACAACAGCACACAGGUUUGACGAUUGUAUUCGUUUGAGAUGGAUUAAUGAGGACCUCGUGUAUUACUAUCUAGUUAUGCUAAGAGGCCGUCGCCCUCCUAUUAGCACUGAGGAGGACUACCUUGGAAUGAUACUUGCACGGCCUCCUUCUGAAUUCUACCCAUGGACGCGAGAAUUUUCCACGGGCGUAUCCGGAUCUUCAUAUCAACGCUACGACUACUCGUCCGAUGAUCCUAGCACACUGCCCGAAGAUCCCGCAACAGCGAAUCAACGUGCUGUCUGGGUAUUCUACAACACUCCGUAUAAACGUUUCAAGGGUCAGAGAAGGGGAUAA